UCCGAUACAAUGUAUACUAUCCUGGCAGUGUACCUCUUCUUCGUUACGAUAUUUGGUAUUCUUGUCAAUGGUGCUAUCAUCUACUUGUACUUUUCACGUAAAGAGAUCGCUACAACUAGCAAUAUGUAUGUAGUUGCAUUAUGCAUCUGUGGUUUUCUUAUUGCCAUUCUAGGGGUGCCAUUUGCGGCAGCUUCUAGUAUAAGACACGAAUGGCUAUUUGGAGACGGACUCUGCAAAGUUCAUGGAUUUUUACUUACCGGGUUAGGAAUUGUAAUGAUAGCUAUUUUGACUGGCAUAGCGAUUGACAAAUAUAUUUUUAUCGUACAAUACCAAUCUCACCACAAAGUUACAAAGAGCGUCACAUUAGCAAUCAUUAUUGUAUGUUUUGUUUACGGAGUGACGUGGGGAAUCUUACCAUUGUUUGGAUGGAACAAGUAUGUUCUGGAGCCCGCAAGACUGACAUGUUCCGUAGAUUGGACUGGGGAUAUAGCCAAUCAUUCAUACGUGAUUACUAUAUUAUUCACAGGUCUCAUUAUCCCUGUUAGUAUUAUAGCGUAUCUUUACACAUCGAUUCUAAAAAGGGUCCACAGCCAACGAAUUAUUUCACAACGAAUUGUCUCUCAUUCACGUAAAAUCAAAAUCGUUAAACGGGAGAAAAAGAUAGCUAUGACAUUGUUUAUGAUGGUUGCUUCAUUUGUGCUUGCCUGGCUACCAUAUUCUAUUUAUGGUCUGAUAUGCAUACUUGGAUAUAGCGAUGACAUCCCCUUAGUUUGGCAUACCGUUCCAUCAGCAUUUGCAAAAGCAUCCAUUCUCUGGAACCCAGUGAUAUAUUCCUCACGUAGUAACGCCAUGAAGAGAGCUUUGGGAGAAACCUACCCUUUUCUCCGCUGGAUGAUUCCCAAGAAUAAAAGCCAACAAAAGCUGCCUGGUCAGACAACACUGGUACAGAUGAACACGUCUAAUGGAUCGGAUGCAAUCUUUGUUCAAUCAUUAUGUGACAACAGGGUCACGUCUACGUCUCUUUAAUUAGACCGAGAUUUCCACUCAUUAAAUAUUGAAAGGUUACCUUUUACUCGAACAGCUAUCCUCUCUAUUUUC